AUGAAAUGUGUGGAAGGGAACUCACUAACAGUAACUGUGUUCGUGAGCGCAUUACCGCCGCCAAAGAUAACUGUCUAUCAUAACAACGACCUCGUCGUUUGUGCUAAUCAACUUGAGCCUGUUCGCGCAGAGCAACCGAAUCUGUACAGCUUCGCCUUCAUUAUUGAUCAAGUGCAUCCGGAAGAUAGCGGAAAAAUCAUGUUCAAUGCUACAAAUCCAUGGGGAUCCGACGAAUGCACCACCUAUUUGGAAAUUGCUGAUAAUGUGAAGCGAAGUAAUAAUUCUAAAAUACAUUAUAUUUCUUUUUUUUUCUUCAAAAACAGCUUGUCCUAUGGCGCUGAAUUAUUUUUUUCAUCAGAGUUCUCCAAAUUUGAUACCAAUACAUUAUUCGAGCGUGAGUUUGAAGCAGCAGAAGUUAUUUGGUCCGUUACCGAUGUCACCGUUGCUGAAGGAGGAACAGCUUGGCUAUACGGAAAAUUGUGCGGAUAUCCUGUCCCAGAACUAAUUUGGUUAAAAAAUGGUGUUGAGUUAAAUUUGACGUCUCCAGCAGGGAAAUAUCAAGCAGAGCUCAAAAGUGGUGAGUUCCUUCUACUACUCCCUCGGUAUAAUAACUUUAUAUUCGCGAAUUAUGUCAGUUAAUA